AUGAGUGAGCUGAGCAAGCCCAAGGAAGACCUUCAGGACCCAGGCGAGGCACAGGGCCUGGAGGAGGAACAGCUCUUGGGGGCUGAGGGGGGGGAGGCUGCGCCCCCCUCGGCCUCCUCCCCCCCAGUCUCCUCGUCUGCCACUGAGGAGGCCUUGCCCCAGGAAGCUCUGAAUAAAAUGGUGGCUAACAUGGUGAAGUUCCUGCUCCGCAAGUAUCAAACCAAGGAGCCAACUUCUGAUGCCGAAUUGCUGAAUGCAGUCCUCAGGGAUAACCAGGAGCACUACCCGGUGGUUUUCCGCCAAGCGGUUGAGUGCGUUCUGCUGGUCUUUGGGGUGGAUGUGAAGGAGGUAGACCCCAGGAAGCACAUCUACAUCAUGGUUCCCACCCUGGGCCUCACCUGUGAUGCAAUGCAGAGAGGUGGGCAGGGCCUGCCCAAGGCCGGCCUCCUGGUGGUGGUCCUCAGCGUGAUCCUCCAGAAUAGGGAUCGCGGCCCUGAGGAGGAGAUCUGGGGAGCACUCAACAAGAUGGGGGUGUAUGUUGGGAGGGAGCACUCCAUCUUUGGGGAGCCCAGGGAGCUGCUGACCCAAGUGUGGGUGCGGGAUGGGUACCUGGAGUACCGGCAGGUGCCUGACAGCGCCCCUGCUCGCUACGAGUUCCUGUGGGGUCCCCGGGCCUUUGCGGAGACCAGCAAGGGGAAAUUCACAGAGGCAUUUCUGCUCAGGGUCAAACAAAGGGCUUUGAGGGCCUUCCGACUCCUCUCUGCAGAGGCUGAGGGGGAGGAGGAAGAGGGGGCCUGA